GCGUUUCAGAAAAACAGCGCACAGAAAACUCCAGGGAACCGACGCCCUGUGAACUGAGGAACUGAAAACGGCUAUCUUGCGGACACAUCAACACAGCUCACAAGAAGUGCGCAACAACCUAUGGCAACAACACAGGAAAAGUUCCCUUGCUAAGUCAAGUUCCGGAUGUCACGCGCUGGUUUGCGGCCACAUAGAGCCCGGGUGCCCAGUGUCGCUUUUGACACCUUAACCGCAAAAUGACACGGGGGAGGUUUGCUGUGGUUUGCCUGGUAUGACGGAGAUUUAAAUAUUCUCGACUGAGUCAUUUUACUCUUUUCCCAAUGUUUCUACACGCGGAGAGCAAGGUGUCUGUUGUUUUUUGUGUUCGACACCUAUUUUGUUGUUGUUGAUGGUUUCCGCAUCCUUCCCGUAUGGAGUAGGCUUGGCCAUAACCAGGAAUUGCGUGGGAAAGAAACGAAAUCGAAACUUAGGCUACGCGAGUCUGAAAAUGGAGUUCAAUUGUUUGACGUCGUCUACACUUACGCGAUGAACAUAACUGGAUUUUUUAUCUUUUGCGCGACUUCCACAGUUCUCUGUCGAGCCUUGGAGCCAUCUCCUCCUCCAUACGAUGUGGGUCUGGAGCGGAAUAAAGCACUUCUGAAGUGGAGGAGUUCAGACUCCCACAACACCACCUACACCGUGCAGUACCACAUCGGCAGAGAGGAUGGAGUGUGGCUUGACCUGCCGGGCUGUGUGAACACGCCGGAGAAGCAGUGUGACUUCAGCGCCAUUGCAACGCAACUCUACGGAGCAACACUGCAAGUGCGCACCCAACGACACAGCGUCUCAUCUCCAUGGCAACAGAGCAAGCAGGAAGUGGGAUGUGUUCAUACUGGUUCCUGUUCUCCUGAGGUGGUUGCCAUGGCGUCUCCUGGUUACCUGAGUGUCCAGAUGGAUCGUGAGCGCAGUGACCAGAGCCUUCAGGACGAGUACGAGGGACACCUGAGCUACAGAGUGCUCUACGGCAGGGAGAGAGAGGAUAGAGAGGAUAUGAAGGUGUUUUGUGAGGGCUGUGUGUCAGCGGUGCGUGUGGAGCCGUUAGCUGUUGGAGAGCGGUACUGUGUACAGGUGCGCUACCUGCUCUACAGCAAACCAUACGGCUCACCCAGCGACCCUGUGUGCCGGCUCAUCCCACACUCAGAGCGGGAGAAGGAGCUGUACCUGGCGGUGUCUCUGGCUGCUGCUUUCUCCGUGCUGGUGGCCCUGAGCAUCGGCUGCUACUGUUUCAUCAACUGCCACUACACACACAUCAAGGACUACAUGAGACCUUGCAGUCUGCCUGACCACUUUACUGAGUUCUUCUCAGGAGAGUUUGUCCAGACGCUGGCCAAUCCCAGUGCAGAGCUGCAGUCACAUGACCUCAUCAGCAGCAUUGAGGAGGCGGAGUUUAAGGAGGAAGAGGAAGUUGGAACUACGACCCUGAGCCAAUCAGAGUGUCUGACUCUUGUGGACGAGGAAGAGGAGAGGGGGGAGGAAGAGGAGGGGGGAGGGGGCUACAGAGACUAUGAGGGCUCUGGGUACAACUCUAACUCAUCACUGAUAUCACACACACACACACACACACAUGAACAAAUCUCACUCCAAGCUGAGUUCAAAACUUCAGAAUCCUGAACUUGACCAUUAAUUGUGUGUGUGUGCGUUUGCGCAUGAGCGAGCAAGUGGAUGGGUGUGUGUGUAUCUUGUUUGUGUUGCUGUAUGAGUAGAUACAACUUUCAAUCCGCCCAAUCAUCUACGCUACGCUACGAAUAGAUGUUUGAGUUAGAGAGGGUCAGCUUACCAGAGCAAAGUGGGAGUUGGGGCGGGAUCGUGCGUAAUGCCAGCGGUGGGAAAGCUUGGUUUUGGUCAGAUUACAGCAGGUGUAAUGUAUGUAUGUAUGUAUGUAAUGUGUGUGUGUGUGUGUGUGUGUGUGUGUGUGUGUGUGUGUUUGAGUUUGAGAGGGUCAGCUUACCAGAGCAGAGUUUGUUUCUAUUCAUGAUUUCAUCCAUCACCAGCACAUCACAUGCUUCAGCAUUCUGUCUGUGGGUGUGUGUGUGGGUGCCAUACUUUAUGAUUCUGGUGUGUAUGACACUGGCAAUAAAUGUGACAUGUCUGAA